UGGGCACUGGUGGGUGGCACUGGUGGGCACAGGUGGGUGGCACUACUGGGCACAGGUAGGUGGCACUUCUGGGCACAGGUGGUGACACUGCUGGGUGACACAGGUGGGCGCACUGCUGGGCACAGGUGGGCGCACUGCUGGGCACAGGUGGGUGCAUUGCUGGGCACAGGUGGGCGGAACUUGUGUGUGGCACUGCUGGGCACCGAUCAUCAGGGCACUGGUGAUCAGUGACCCUGAUGAUCGGUGCCGAUCCCCGCUCUGACAACUGCCGGUUUUCGGCAGUACUUUCCUCACGAUCUGACAGCAUGAGGAAAGUGCAGCCGAGAACCGGCAUUUGCAU